GGGCCGGGCCCGGCGCACAAAGCCCGGGGACCGGCGGGCUCCGUGCUGUGUCGCCAUGGGGCUGGCGGCGGCGCGGGGGUGGGCGCUGUCCCCGCUGUCGCCGGGCCCGGCGGAGCGCAGCCGGCCCUACGCUGUGCUGCAGCACCAGAACCUGGUGCUGCUGGGCAGCAUCCUCAGCGCUCUCCUGCUCACCAUCAUCCUCAUGGCCAUCUGUGUCUACCGGCCCGUCCGGCGGCGGUAGCGGAGCGGGAUCCGCCGGGGCACCGAGAGAAUGCUGCAUCCCACCUGGUUCUCCCCCCUGGCAUCCACCAUCCCAGCACCGCUUCAGUCCUGCCGGUUCUCCCGUCUGGUACCCGGCACCAUCCGGUACCAUCCGGUACCAUCCCGGCGCUGCUCUGGACCCAGCAGGUUCUCCCGUCCGGUCCCCACCGUCCUGCCCUCGCUCCCCUCAGCUGCUGGGGAUGCCCUGAGGAUGCGAGUGUGGCUUUUCACCCAUCUCCGCCCGUGCUCUAUCACAUGGCUCCAUCGUGAUGUGGCUUCCAGCAGUGGUCAGGCCGGGUGCUGGAAACCACCCCUUCCCUGAGCAGACACUCCUGGAGCUCCUGGGGGUGUGUCCGCAGCGAACCCGUCUGGCUCGGAGCGGGUCUGGAGCAACGCGCCUGCCUCCCAAAUCCCAGCGUUUUGGCGAGGCUGAUCCCACACCGUGUGCUCGACAGCAUCCCCGGGGCCUGGGUUGUCACCAGAACAGGGCGAGAUUGGGGACAUUGCCCGAGGAGCAGCUCCACGUGCUCGCUCACACCACGUCUACUUCUUGCUUUCUGAUUAAUUCAGGUCCUUGUUUGAACGCUGAGUCCUGGGGGUGGGACGGGGCUUGGAGCAACCUGGGGUAGUGGAGGGUGUCCCUGUCAGGGCAGGGAGUAGAACAGGAUGAGCUUUAAGGUCCCAUUCAAAAAUAUUCCAAAGGUAAGAGCUCAGUGACCCACUCAGCAGUGGGUGAGGGGUCUGGUCCGUUCUUGCUUCUGAGCAGAAACACUGAUGUAUGCCCCGAUCCUGGUGUAGUUUUCCGGGGCCAGGCUUCUCAUUCCCAACUUUAUUUGCUUUAACUCUAAAGUUAAUAUUUGCUUUGAGGCUAAAAAGCCCCAAAUAGCCUCCCAUCAAAGCAGGCCUGCUGAACCUGGGGUGCAGGUGAGGGAUUCCAGCAUGUGCUGGUCACUGUCCUCCCGGAAACAGGAGCCUCCAAAGGUCUGCAAGCCAGGCAGAGGCUCUGGAAGAGUUUGAGCUCCAGCCAGACCCAUUUUACGCAGUUUCAGUAACAAGCGUUUACACUGAAUCCCACUUCCAUACAAAUGCUGCUAUUUUAUUUUGCACUGCUACAAGUAGUAACUGGAUUUUACUAAUUAUUAGAUAUUUAACACAGGGGUGGUUUUGCUUAGUAAUUUAUUUAGAGUUUUAAAAUGUAACUUCCAGAAAGAUUGGUGAUUUGUUCUCAAGCCCUUGCGCUGCAUCCGAGGUGUUUUCCUUUCUGUUUGAAGGACACCAAGUGCUGGAAUUGAACAGGGAUUUUCUUUCUGUCUUGUGAAAUGACAGUGAGCCUGGCCUGGAACAGAUGGAGUUGUUAAUCCAAGAGUGAGGCAGCAGGGCAGCACUGUUCUAUUGCUUUCUGCUCCUCCUUUUGCUCGCUGAUUCCUGUGUUCCUGAUUUUUCUCGGUCCUUCAUCGCUGUGAAGCCUGGCCUGCAGCCCGUGCUGCUCCUGGGGGUGGAUGGUGAAGCUCCCAGCCCCAGCUCUGCAUUCUCGGGAGCAGAAUUCCUGUUUGCUCUCAUUCCUCACUCCCUGCUAUGCCUCUUUGUACAAAUAAAACGCUCAGUAAACAA